ACCCCUAAAAUUAAUCUUCAAUUAAAUGGAAAUUAAUUAAUUUCUGUCCUGCCCCUCUCUCUCUCCCAAAGGCUCUAACCAAUCACACACCACCACACUCACUCUCUCUCCUUUUUCUCAUUUCAUGCUCAUCUUCAGCUACAGCUUCAGCUUCAUCAUCACCCCUUUCAAACCCUAACCCUCCGAACCCGAAUUCCCCAUGGCCUCCUCCCCUAACCACCACCAUAACCACACUCCCAACGGGGACAGAAAAACCCACGUACCCAAAAAGCCCAAACUCUCCCCUGCUUUCAUCACAGCCUCUGAAAUCGCCUCCGAAUUUUCUCACCAUGACCCCAAUAUCGCCCGAAUCAACAACGGAAGCUUCGGCAGCUGCCCGGCCUUCAUUAUCGAAGCUCAGAGACAAUGGCAGCUCAAGUACCUGGCCCAGCCUGACCAUUUCUACUUCAACGAGCUCACGAAGGGAAUUCACCAAUCCAGAACCAUCAUCAAGGAUCUCAUCAAUGCCGACCAUGUCGAAGAGGUCUCAAUCGUCGACAACGCCACCACUGCAGCCGCCAUAGUGCUUCAACAGGCCGCUUGGGGAUUUUCAGAGAGCAAAUUCGACAAAGGGGAUGCUGUGGUUAUGCUUCAUUAUGCUUAUGGUUCUGUGAAGAAGUCGAUUGAGGCCUACAUAAGUCGUGCUGGUGGGUAUGUGAUUGAAGUCCCUUUGCCUUUUCCUUUGACCUCUAAUGAUGAGAUUAUCACUGAAUUUAAGAAAGCUUUGGAGAAAGGGAAGGCCAAUGGUAGGAGGGUUAGGCUAGCUGUGAUUGAUCAUAUUACUUCAAUGCCUUGUGUGGUUAUACCUGUUCGAGAAUUGGUUAAGAUUUGUAGGGAAGAGGGAGUUGACCAGGUUUUUGUAGAUGCUGCUCAUAGUAUUGGGUGUACUGAUGUCGAUAUGAAGCUAAUUGGGGCUGAUUAUUAUACUAGUAAUUUGCAUAAGUGGUUUUUUUGCCCGCCGGCUAUUGCGUUUUUGUAUUGUAGGAAGUCCCCCAAGUGUCCAGAGCUGCACCAUCCUGUUGUUUCUCAUGAGUAUGGUAAUGGGUUGGCCAUAGAAAGUGCUUGGAUUGGGACUAGGGAUUACAGUCCUCAAUUGGUUGUUCCUUCGGUUUUGGAUUUUGUCAAUAGGUUUGAAGGUGGUAUUGAGGGCAUCAAAAAGAGGAACCAUGAGACUGUUGUUGAGAUGGGGAACAUGUUGGCCAAGGCAUGGGGAACACAUCUAGGGUGCCCCCCGGAGAUGUGCGCCAGCAUGAUCAUGAUUGGAUUACCGGCUUGUUUGGGGAUUUCAAGUGAGAAGGAUACUCAAAAGUUAAGGACACAUUUGAGGGAGAAGUUUGGUGUUGAAGUCCCAAUAUAUUUCCGAGCACCCAAGAAUGGGGAGGUUGAGUCAAUAACUGGGUAUUGUCGAAUUUCUCAUCAAGUCUACAACAAAGUUGAUGACUAUUACAAGUUCAGAGACGCAAUUAAUCAACUUGUUUCCGAGGGGUUCACUUGUGCUUCACUACUUUCUAACUGAUGAUUCUGACAAAGCACUGAAGAAGUUCUUCUGAUGAAUAACAUCCAUGGUUAUCUGCCUCGCCUGCGUGCCUCAGUAGUUGCAAUGGUUUCGGUACCAUUAAAUCCUAAAAUUAGUAGAAAAUAGACUGCUGGGUGCAUGUAUCAAAGCAGAAACAAUUUUCUUCAUGGUUUUUGGUGUUUUGGAUUCCUGGAGAUGUUAACUGUCUGUUGAACACUGUCGGAGUUGUUGUUGUUGUAAAUGUUUAAUGACUAUUUGUCAUCAUUUGCAUGCUUAUUUAACUCUUACAUAGUUUUCAUUUAAGACAAA